UUUGGAUAUACAUGCCUACCCAACCCCGAUCUGCAUAACGCUGAUACGUGAUACAAUCCACAGCAGAACAUCUUUCCAUAGACGGCCAAACAAAGCCCCACUCGGUUCACUGUCAAUCCCAGCCCCAACCGGCUCAAGCAGCCAACAUUGCCAUCGAAGCAAGCCAUUGUUGAUUGUUCCCGCGUGUAGAGAAAACGGAGCGUUUUAGCUGAAAUCGAAGCGUUUCAAGGUGGAUGAGAACGUGAGAAAGAAUGAACAAGCUGAUUGAAUUUGGAAGGAAAGCUCUAUUCUAUGCGAGGGUUCUUUCGGGCUACGAAGAACGGAGAAUCCGAUCGUUUCGGUUGGAGGUUGAAAAGCGUCUGAAAGAGGCAAAUGAGCGGAAGUUAGCCAUAAGAAAGAUCCCUGAGCAAACAAUUUUGUCGGAGGUUCGUCGUAUGGUUGAGGAGAUGAAAACUUUAAAUAGGAAGCUGGAAGAAACGGAAGCUGCUAUUGACGAGUACUUCAAGCCGAUUGACAAAGAGGCUGAGAUGAUAAUGAAAACACAACUUGAAGGAGAGGAGAGGACAAUGAAGGAGAUGAUGAAAGCCAUGCAUCAACAGGCUUUGCUUGAGAAAGCUGAAGCGGAGAAAACAGCAGCAGCACAAAAUUUGGAAACAAACCAGAAGAACCAAGACUCAAGACCCAAGACCCAACAUCUGCCACCGCCCCCAUGAAAGCUUAGGACAAAAGUCAACUAAGGCAGGGGUUGGUGAGCUGCGUUGAACCAACAGGGAAACGGGCUCUGCUGGAGUUUGCAGCUUUAUAGACAAAACAGAGCCUUGGUGUUUUCUUCCAAGACCCACUACACAUAUGCUCAUGCCCAACGUACAAGAAUUCUAUAGUGAGAGGGCCUUAUAUAUGGCCUUAGAUGAGGCCCUAUCUCUUAAUCGUUGGAUCAAAUUAGUUAGCCUGAUUCAACAGUUAAAAGAUAGGAUCAUACCUAAGGGCCAUAAAUAAAGCCCUUACCAUAGAAGCUAUCUCCAACAAGCUCUAGCUUUUUUGUUCUUCCAAAAAAUCCUAAAUUUAAUUUAAUUUUCUACGUUCUUUUCAUGCUUCCU